AUGAUAUCAGGAUUUCAUUGCAUCAGUAAACAACCCUUAAAUAGAAUCGCAGGGGGUAGAAUAUUAGGAAGUAAAGUCGUUGGGAAGAGAACUUUAAUACUGGAAGCCGCAAUGAUGGCAAUGGCUAGUAAAUAUAUCUUUGGUGGUGAGGCAAGGUUAGCAGACAAGAUGGGUAAUGGGGAAUUAUACAAUAAAAAUGAAGAUUACAAACAAUUACAGAAGGAGAAGCAAUUACAAAGAUUGAAAAAUUUAAAGAAUAGUAGGCCUAUGGAACCUAAUUAUGAAGGCCAUAUCCCACUAUGGCCUUCUGAAAAGCUUUUUUUGUUUCUUGUGUCUGGGAUAAGAUCUUUUUAUCAUCCUGAGAAUGGCAUCAAUAUUGUACAAUUGGGUGAAUCUACAGCUAUUAAACCAGUUUUGGAUCAUCUACAUCACACUAUGUUAGCAGAUCCAAUAGGUAGAAGGAUACUUAAAGAUAAGCCUGAAGUUAAAGAAAAUACACUUCAUAUGGAAACACUAGCUAAUUAUCCAAAGAACACAUUCGGUUAUCAAUUCUAUACAUGGUGUAAACGUGAGAAUGUAACCCCAGAUACAAGAGCCCCUAUUAAAUAUAUAGAUGAUCCAACCCAUGCUUUCAUCUUUAAAAGGUAUAGACAGUGUCAUGAUUUUUAUCAUGCUUUAAAUAAUGUUCCUAUUAUCAUCGAAGGGGAAAUAACCAUAAAAGCUCUUGAGGGUGUCAAUUUAGGGAUUCCAAUGGCUCUUCUAGGUACACUUUUUGCUCCCUGGAGAUUGACUAAAAUUCAACGUGAAAGAUUGUUUGAUAUCUAUUUGCCUUGGGCUGUUAAUUCAGGUUUGAAAUGUAAACCUUUGAUUAAUGUUUAUUGGGAAGAUCUUUUAGAUAAGGAUGUUAACGAAGUAAGAAAGCAGAUAGGUUUAUUCCCACCUCCAGAUUUAAGGACAAUAAGAGAUCAAAGAAGAAAAGAGCUAAAAGACUUAAAUGAAAAAUAUAAAAAUUUGAAAGAAGAAUAUAAUUAA